AUGUAUUAUGCCUCGACUAAAAGGGUUUCAUUUAUUAAUCUAUGUUGUUUAACUGUUGACAAACCUUUAAAUUCUACGCUUUCGACAAAUAUUUCAUACAUUGAUCCACAUCCUCCUGAUAUGUCUACAACAUUUAUUUGUUUGGCAAGAGGAAAUCUCACUCUGAGAGUUUUUGUAAUUUUUUCACUAGAAUCUGUAUUUUGUUGA